AUGCUUGAAUCAGACUAUCGGGGUGUUGUACUCAGCUUCGAUGGUGCAGCGAAGACUUCAACGCGUGUUGGAAGCUGUGGAUGUGUUCUUCCUGGACGCACGUGGGUUCAUCCUACUGUAAAUGACGCUGAGUACCAUGGACUGCAGAAUGGGUUGAAAAGGACAUCUGAACGGGGAGUUGAGGACCUGAUCGCAGUUGGUGAUUCAAGGAUCGUGAUUCAGCAGGUUCAAGGUUUGAUAAACGGCAACCAGCCCAACCUUAAGCGCAGACUGGUAGUGUACGAAGUGCUCAGAACCAAGUUUAAGACCGUUCAACUGGUGCAUGUCAAGCGGCUGUAUAACCAGGCUGCUGACUACCUGACGUUGAAGACUCUAGCGUUGGGCAAGUCGUGGCAGGUUGAAGACGCUGGGGAACGUUCGCACCUGCAACUUGUGUCGCGAAUACCCGAGCUGGUAAAGAAACCU